AUGGCGUUCCUGCUUGGAGCAGGACUCGGGGCCAACGAUGUGUCGAAUACGUUCGGAACAUCUGUUGGAAGUGGUGUUGUCACUAUCAUACAGAAUGGUUAUUUUAUUCUAGCUUACUAUUUGCUCAAAUAUUCAUCACUCUCGGAGCUUUCUUGUUAUAUAGACGAACAUGAAAUCACAUUUCAAGGUUGGUCUGUAACUGAUACGAUGCGGAAAGGAGUGGUGGAUCUUACGGAAUACUACAAUAAUCCUCGAGAAUUGAUGCUCGGUCAGGUGGCUAUACUAGGACAUGUUACUGAAAAUAAAAUCGAAGCAAUGAUCAUUGCAGUUGCUUCAUGGUUCCUCUCGCCAGCGCUUUCGGGACUAAUCUCAGGUGUUCUUUACCUUAUCGUGGACAUUGCCGUACUUCGACGGAAUCAUCCGUUCGAGUGUGGUCUUCGCUCACUGCCAGUGUUUUACUUUGUCGUGAUCGCCUUCAAUGUUUUGAUGGUCACAUGGGACGGAUCCAAACUCCUCCACUUCGACCGUAUCCCAUUCUGGGGAGCUGUACUGAUCUCAAUUGGAAUCGCCUCAAUUGCUGCGUUGUUGGUCCAGUUUUUAGUGAAGCCAAGAUUGUGGCGUAAAAUUCAGGGUAAGUCCCCUUCAAACUUGAUGAUGUUCUAG